AUGAAUCACUUCCCCUUGCCCCAAGGCAAAGGCCAUAUUCGAAUUCCCAAUCUCACGCGUAGUGACUAUAUCUCGGGUGAAGGACGCUUUCAUGGCUUUCCAACUCGACAAGGCUGGUCAAUUCAACAGCUCGAGGACAUUCAUUCGCUCGCAGGACGGCCAGGAUCAGAUGUCUCAAUCCCGGAAUUUUUUCAGAACUGGCUUUUCUUCGGCUGUGCAAUUGAAGUCUUUUCCAUUUCCGGUGUCGUUGUAUCUCAAUCUGAUUUACUGGAUAACGACAGGCAGUAUGUUAAUACUCGGCGACUUCCAUCUCUAAUACGCCAAUGGCGACAGCGAGCCCAGCAAACGGGUAACAAGAACAGCGCCACCAUCAUCCAAUGGGCAACUAAGACAGCUCUCAUCCUGAAGAAGGUCUCCGACUAUGUCGAUCUCUAUUGCAUCCCCUACUCCGAUAGCAAGCGUGGGCGACAGAUUCUGCAGCACCGACAUCCCAACGUACCUCUUCCCGAGAAGGUGUGGGUCUCUAUCAUUGCAUUGGGCCACACACUCACAGAAGCAAUGCUGUCCAUCUAUGGAAUUGUGCGCACAAGAAACAAGUGGGGCUCCUCGUCUCUAUUGAAGCAAAAAAUGCUGAAUAGAGGCUGGUGUCCCAUGGAUGUUCAGAGAAGUCUACGAGACAUGGGAGUGGACGGUCAUUAUUAUAUUGCAAAGUCUUCAAAUCUCGAGGUCAACAUAUCUCAUGAUCGAUGCACGCAAAGCCAAUGUUUCGCUCGAAAUAUUGACGAGGUAACCUAUCAACAGAAACAUUGUUGUGAAAGUGGCAAAUGCAAUAUGGUGCUUGUCGACGAGGACCUGUUGUGUAAAAUCAUUGAUGCAGGUCAGGUUCCCGUAUGCUCGUGGGAUCAAUCGAAGAAAAGGCUCUCGUUGAAAUCUUCGACCAUCGAGAAGCGUGGUUCGUCGAGCUUACCAUUUCUUGCCAUCUCUCAUGUAUGGAGCGAUGGCUUGGGCAAUCCUCAUCAUAACGGGCUGUACCAAUGUCAACUUGAUCAGCUUCAAGCCAUGGUCAAAGCAGCGGCCACCGACCAUAAACUAAAAGGGCAGCCUGUCCACUUCUGGAUUGACACUCUGGCAGUACCCGUUCGAGACACUCCCGAGAUGAAAGAACGGCGCAUGCGUUGCAUCCGACAAAUGGCGAGCAUAUACAAGGGUGCCGUUGGUACCCUCGUAUUGUCAGCCAACCUUCGACAGAUUCCUUCCGAUGCACCCGAGCACGAGAGAGGCCUGGCAUUGUACCUCACGAACUGGGUUCGCCGAUUGUGGACAUUCCAGGAGGGGAUGCUUUCGGAGAAGAUCCUUUUACAAUUUGCAGACAAAGUCAUCAACAUGGAUCAUAUGAUCUGUCCUGAGGUGGGCAGGUCUAUCACUCGAGGUCGAUGUGUUACAUUCCCAAAGCAAGCUUCAGUCGCCGCGACGUCUUCCCUUUUCAUCCUUCGCGAUAUACUUCGCGACAAGAUGUUUGAGAUGAUGGGACCGAUGUAUGCCCGAGUUGGCCCUUUGGCCCCCGCCAUCAGUGCACUACAAUUCCGCUCCACGUCCAAGCUGAGCGACGAAACAAUCUGUUUGGGGGCAUUGAUGAGAUUAAGAAUUGCUCGUCUACUCGAGGUUGACAAGGACAUCAUCAAAGAAUAUAGCGCGAAAGGGGUUCAACUUGAGAAAGUCAGCGAUCAUGAGCGCGCCGAGAGGCGGAUGGAGACAUUUCUAAGUAUGGUUCGAGUGUUCCCACACGACAUCAUUUUCAAUUCACACACUAGGCUAACCAGGGAUGGAUUUCGCUGGGCUCCAUCCUCCUUCCUGGGGAUUCCGAGUGGCGGCUUCACUGCCACAGUCGAGGGCUCUUUCACGACAUUCGACAAGCAGCAAAGUGGCCUAUCAUACACGGGAUCAGGUUUCAUUGCCACCAUGCCCUGCGGCAGCAAAAACGGACAGCCUCUCGAUGGCGAUCUAUUGGUCCGACUUCCGAUGCCUAACACGAAACUCCUUGAGGUAGUUGUUCGAAAGCGGAAGGCGAGAGGUGAGCUUCUAGGCAAUACUUGGCCAACAGGCAGAAAAUAUGCCUUUAUCCUUCGACGCCCUCUUCAGGCCGGAGAGUCUCAGAGUUCGAAUGCCUCAAAGCUCCCCAAAACCCCAACUAAUGGCCCUGAACUCGAAGUAUGGUUUGAGACUCUAUUCGCCGAGUUGAAUAAUGACCAUCAUGAAAUCGAUGUUGUCGUGGGCACCGUCGUUCAUGGAGACGAGGAAUACGGCAGCCCCAAGGAUGUGACCACCAUUCGUCACGAAUUUCUUGCAAAUCUGACAGUUCUCAACCCAUCUGCCCUUCCUGAACAAGGACUGGAUGAAUUAGAGUUGCUUAAGCGCUUGGGCAUAAAUCACAGUAGACGAUCAGGACAUGAACAAGCUCAAGACAGUCCCAGUACUGACGAGGACGAGGAGGAAUCCACAACCGAUGAUGAUGAUGACGACGAUGAUUCUCUGGACUCAUUCGAUUCUGCGGAAUUUGACUUGAAAGAGGACUUUGAAACUUCCUCUGACUGCUCAGAAGAUCCUGACAGGUAUGGUGACGUGGGUACUGGAGCUGGUGAUGAAACACAACGCAAAGAUUCGGUCAACUUUCUCGACGAUACUCUAAGUGAGAAAGAGUGGUACGAGAAUACAAUCGAGGAUUCUGAUUCAGAGUAUGAAGAUGUCACUCUGUCUUUUAAGGAGAUAUGUGCCCCUGCCGAAACGCCCUUGAUCGAGACUGAGGGAGUGUUGAAAGGGCAAUGGACUGAUUGGCUCAUUCGUUGA